GUGUGGACGGCAGCAUGGCGUCCCGGGCCAAACGGCGGGCGGUGGGUAGCCGGGCCCCGCGGCCUCCCGAAGACCCCGUCAGGCGCGACGAGGAAGAAGAGGAAAACGAAGUCGAGGAUGAGGACGAAGACGAUGAGGAUAGUGAGGAAGAGGAGGACGAAGACGAUGAGGUCGUUGACGAGGAAGUGAAUGUUGAAUUUGAAGCUUAUUCCAUCUCAGAUAAUGAUUAUGAUGGAAUUAAGAAAUUACUACAGCAGCUUUUUCUAAAAGCUCCUGUGAACACUGCAGAACUAACAGAUCUCUUAAUUCAACAGAACCAUAUUGGGAGUGUGAUUAAGCAAACAAAUGUUUCGGAAGACAGCGAUGAUGAUGUGGAUGAAGAUGAAAUUUUUGGUUUCAUAAGCCUUUUAAAUUUAACUGAAAGAAAGGGUACCCAGUGUGCUGAACAAAUUAAAGAGUUGGUUCUAAGCUUUUGUGAGAAGAACUGUGAAAAGAGUGUGGUUGAACAGCUGGACAAGCUUUUAAAUGACACCACCAAGCCUGUGGGCUUUCUCCUAAGUGAAAGAUUCAUCAAUGUCCCUCCUCAGAUUGCUCUGCCCAUGCACCAGCAGCUUCAGAAAGAACUAGCAGAAUCACACAAAACUAAUAAGCCAUGUGGGAAGUGCUCCUUCUACCUUCUGAUUAGUAAGACAUUUGUGGAAGCAGGAAAAACCAAUUCCAAAAAGAGAUGGAGCAACCAGAAGGAUGAAUUAAUGUUUGCAAAUGCAGAGGAAGAGUUUUUCUAUGAGAAGGCAGUGCUGAAGUUCAACUAUUCAGUGCAAGAGGAGAGUGACACUUGCCUGGGAGGCAGGUGGUCUUUUGAUGAUACACCAAUGAAGCCCUUGCGAACUGUGAUGUUAAUUCCAGACAGCAAGAUGAGUGAAAUCAUGGAUAAACUGAAAGAUCAUCUAUCUAUCUAGCCUAUUUUUCAUGGACAUCGAUGGGCUUAUUUUUAUAAAAUUACCAGAAAACCCAGUGGAGCUUUACUGAAAACUCGUGACUUUAUUCAGAUUUAAGUCCUCUACAAAAAGUAGGGUUCUUUUCCAUGUGUCUAUGACACAUUUACAAAAUAUCUCUUUUUUUUUUUUUUUGGUCAAAUUAUGAAUGGUUGAUUAAAAACUUCCACCAAGAAGAAAAACAUGGGAGUAGUAAUUUGAGGAAUUCAAUAAAACUCCUAUUUUUUUAUUUUAAAAUAAUAU